UUGCUGUAUGGCUGCAGAUCUCAAGGGAAGUGAUUCCCUUUCAAAUCACGCCUUCUGCUUUGUUUUCGGUGCGUAAAACACUGCUUAAACGGCUUCUGGACUAUCGUCAAAACGUUAUUUACAACUAUCACAUGAUGCUGCAUUAUAUGACAAGUUGUAACUUCAGGCUAUAAGGGUGGCAUCUUCCGGAUAGUGUGAAAUCACGGAGGCUCUAAUUGAAAGGAUUUCUUCAUAAGUGUUUGAUGUAUAAUAGACGUGGAAAUCAGUAAGUUGUGAAGGAGGGCAUCCGCACACAUGUUGCAACUAAGCGCAACAUUCGAUUUGCAGCAGGAUGUGGUGUCAAGUAUAUUUAAGAAAGAGGCGACUGUAGGAAGAAUCAAAGAAUACUCAGGGAUCGUUGACACUCGGAUCCUCAACAUUGAAAGGGAUGGAGGAGUCCUCUACUCCUGGAAAGGGACAACAGGGACCACCAGGAUCGGGAAAUACGACCCCAAUACCAGACAGAAUAAGCUCCUCUACACAUUUGACAAGCAGGUGUGUGUCAGCAGCUGUUCUCUGAAUAAGGAGGAGACUCUGCUGGCAGUCAGUUUGGCACAGAGGACAAGAACAGAGGAGCGCCUCAGACCAGUUUCAAAAUGUCUGACCCUCCUCAUUGAGAUCCAUCCCAUUAACAACACUAAGGUCCUGAAGGCUGUCGACUGCCGGGUCAGAGUUCAGUUCAUCCAUCCAGACACAGAGAGGGACUCAGUGCUAGAGAGUCACCUGCUGCUGGUAGCAGAAGAUGGCUAUGUGGAGCAGCUCCAUGUGAUGCUGGUCAGACAAGAGGGUUACAGAGUGGUGAUGUUGAACCCAGAGUGCCUGGCCAAAGACAGGGUGGCAGAGGAGUUCAGCUGGGUCCAGUGGGACAGCCAGACACAGAGACUCUUCUACCUCACACACAGGGAAAAAGCUGUGCUGAAAUGUGUGCAGUUCUGCCAUGACCACAACUGUGAGACCUUGUUUGAGCUUGAACUGGAGUUGCCCUCUAACCCUUUCACCUGUAUGAGGUUUGUUAACCUGGGCUUUGACCAUCACCAAGAGACACAGCAUGAACGGGAGGAGAUGAGGAUGGUGGUGAUCACCAAUAAAACAGGGAGUAUGUGUGUGUGUUACAGCCAGCCUGCUUGUGCCGACCAGGAGAUCAAAUACACCAUAGUCCUGGUGCACAGAGGCUGCAGUAAAACGUUCUCAGUGGCUCUGGAUGGCACCCCUAGUCCAUGUAGUACAGAUCUCCUCCCUCUCUUCAUCCCUAUAGGUUACUACGUGGUGGUCUACCUGUCUGGUCACUUACUGCACUGCAUCAACACCAGACAACAGGAGCUGCUCUGCCACAGUCUCUUCCUCUCAGGUGUUGAUGCAGAGCUGGGUGUGUUGGGAUCAGACAGUGUGGUGUUGUCUCUACCUGAGUCCUCUCUGCUGGACCUGAACACAGGCAGGAUGUUCACUGUAGACCUCAACCCCUCCUUCCUAAUGGACCUACUGCACUGCAGCCACAGUAGACCUGAUGCUCAACGCCUGGCUGCCCUGCACUGUCUGCUGCUCUACAUGGGACCCAACGCUGCACUACAACUGAAGAUCAUAGAUUGGAUCUGUGACAAUGUCAUGCCGUUCGACACCUUCGAUCAAAUUCAGGAAUUUAUUCUGGCGUCACUGUACAGGCUCAUCUAUAAGAAGUGUCUCAGUCUGGAUGAAGUCCUACCCUACUCCUCUGUGUUUGAGAAGAAGAAGGUACCCGAGGGUCUCGACCAGGUCCCUGGUGUCACCUGCACCACAGAGCUCCAUGCUGAACCAGUGUUCAAAGGAAAGGCCAGGAGUCUCCAGGGCUUUUGGGAAGAGCUGCAGUGGAGCACAGAAAAGAUGAAGUACUUUGAGGCGGUUCCAAACCCACGAUACAGAACAUCUCAGAACCUGCCAGACUGGACCAAGCUGCUCACUACCCUGAAGUCAGAGAACAAGAAGGCGUCUAACUAUCUGCGUCACAUUGAGGAGAACACUAAACAAGUUCUGUCGAUGGUGGACAGCUGGAAUCUUGAUCAGAAAGUGGUUCCGUUGUUCCAGGAGGAGGAUAGCCAGCAGAGGGCGCUCAUAGGCCUGAUGGUGGACAAGCUGAGAGAGCACCUCAACAGACACCUGCCUCGUCUGGGGAAGAAGAAGAUCGACGUGCUGGUGGUGAACUACGUGGCCAAGCUGCUGGAGCUGAUCAGACGCAUGCUGGAGUCUGUGUGGCUGAAGUACAAACUGGGCCCUCUGGUGCUGUGCUUAAAGCAGCAGGGGAGUUCAGCGGAGUGGGCAGUGUUUCACGUGAUGUGUCGGAUACUGGAGGCUACAAAGACUCUGUGUCUCCCCCUCCCUCCUGGGUAUCACACUCUACUGUCCGUGUUGGGGGUUCGCUGUCUCCCCAGACACACCUUCCUGCAGUACGUUGACCAUGGUGUGCUGCAGCUCACUGAGACCUUCGUCUCACGACUCAUGACAGAUCUAGACAACAGUGAUGCCAACGAGGAGCUGAAGUUCAGCGUUCUGAAGAGACUACCGGAGCGCAUGGAGCAGAGGAUCUGUCACCUGUGGGAUCACCCCAUCAGUUCAGCCUGUAUCUCCAGAGACUAUGUCAGAGGCCUGCUGGAGAAACACGCCAAAACCAAAGGUUCUAUGUUCAUGGAGAGAGACGAGCCUGGCUUCAGGCCUGAGUUCCUGCCUCUCACCUUCCUGACCAAAAUUCUGUUAGAUGUGGAAGAUCGAGCUCUGAACCCUUUUGAGGAGCAGGAGAAUGUGGAUGCCAGGUUUGUGGAGGAGACGGCUCUGAAACAGACUCUGAUCCUGCUGGGCUUCCAGGACAAGUGAGGGAGGGAGAGACCGAGAGGUGGAGGGAGGUGAAGAAAGAGGGGGAGCAGGUCAAGGCUCCCAAGUUUUCACUCAACACUCCAUAUUCCACUAGUACUCAGAGAGCGGGGACUGUGUCAGAGAGCGGGGACUGUGUCAGAGAGCGGGGACUGUGUCAGAGAGCGGGGACUGUGUCAGAGAGCGGGGACUGUGUCAGAGAGCGGGGACUGUGUCAGAGAGCGGGGACUGUGUCAGAGAGCGGGGACUGUGUCAGAGAGCGGGGACUGUGUCAGAGAGCGGGGACUGUGUCAGAGAGCGGGGACUGUGUCAGAGAGCGGGGACUGUGUCAGAGAGCGGGGACCGUGUCAGAGAGCGGGGACCGUGUCAGAGAGCGGGGACCGUGUCAGAGAGCGGGGACCGUGUCAGAGAGCGGGGACCGUGUCAGAGAGCGGGGACCGUGUCAGAGAGCGGGGACCGUGUCAGAGAGCGGGGACCGUGUCAGAGAGCGGGGACCGUGUCAGAGAGCGGGGACCGUGUCAGAGAGCGGGGACCGUGUCAGAGAGCGGGGACCGUGUCAGAGAGCGGGGACCGUGUCAGAGAGCGGGGACCGUGUCAGAGAGCGGGGACCGUGUCAGAGAGCGGGGACCGUGUCAGAGAGCGGGGACCGUGUCAGAGAGCGGGGACCGUUUGAGAGAGCGGGGACCGUGUCAGAGAGCGGGGACCGUGUCAGAGAGCGGGGACCGUUUGAGAGAGCGGGGACCGUGUCAGAGAGCGGGGACCGUUUGAGAGAGCGGGGACCGUGUCAGAGAGCGGGGACCGUGUCAGAGAGCGGGGACCGUGUGAGAGAGCGGGGACCGUGUGAGAGAGCGGGGACCGUGUGAGAGAGCGGGGACCGUGUGAGAGAGCGGGGACCGUGUGAGAGAGCGGGGACUGUUUGAAAUUACACUUUAAAUGUUGAUUACUCAACGUUCCAAUACAUGAGAAUCUAUGAAAAGACAUUAGAUUCUGAUGAACAAUGGGUCUGGUGACAAUAGUCAUCAGUUAACCAGAUUUAUAUUUCUGCCCUCUCUGCCUGUUGCUCAACCCUCCCACACAGACCAGAUGGAUGAGGCUCUUACAGUAAGAAGGGAAGUUCUCUGGAAGGUGUCUGAAUUACCACAACACGUGUCCUGUAUGAUGUCUGUACAUUUCCAUUUCAGAGGAACUGAUGCAUGGUUAGAUUUCAGGAAUAACACAGUGAUUUGGAGUGGAAUCCAGGAAAUGCGUUGGAUCAGGUACAAUAAUAAACUGGAAAAGGGAUUUUUGUUGUCAUGUUUCACGUGUAAAGCCAUAUUGUAUCAAUGAAACUCUAAAUAAAAUAUUUGUUGCAUGUUUCUAA